AUGAUGCUCUGGGUUACACUUUCCACUCUCCCUAUCCUCGUCGUCGUCGUCGUCGUGUGGCUGUAUACCGUGGCGACGGUCAAGGGGCGCUUCCCGACUUUGAAGAACAGGCGGAUCUGUUUACUUAUCGCCCACCCUGACGAUGAGGCCAUGUUCUUCGCGCCAGCGCUGCUGGCCUUGACAGACCCGGCGUUGGGGAACCACCUCAAGAUCUUGUGUUUAAGCAGUGGCGAUGGCGAUGGGCUGGGCGAAACACGAAAGAAGGAGCUGGUCAAGAGCGGCAUGCUGCUCGGCCUACGAAAUGAAGACGACGUGUUCGUUGUCGAGAAUCCCGACUUCCAGGAUAGCAUGACGGCGACCUGGUCGAAAGAGAAGAUCGCCUCGCUCCUCUCCUCCGCAUUCGCACCCCACCUCGCCAAUACCCUCACCUCCAAGUCCGCCGACGCGCCGACCGCCACAAUCGACGUGCUCAUCACUUUCGACCGCUCGGGCGUCUCCGCGCACCCAAACCACAUCUCCCUCUACCACGGCGCGCGACACUUCAUCGCGUCCCUCAUUAAGAACCGCCCGGGGUGGGACAGCCCCGUCGACUUAUACACGCUGUCGACCGUCAAUGUGGUGCGCAAAUACGCCAGCAUCCUCGACACCAUCACCAGCAUGAUGAUUGCCGCAUUCACGAAGCGCAGCCCGGGCGCGCACCCGUCACCGCUGUUAUUCAUGAGCGGCAUGGGCGAGAUCCGGACAGCGCAGCGCGCGAUGACGGACGCACAUAUAAGCCAGAUGAAGUGGUUUCGGUGGGGUUGGAUCGGGUUGAGCAGGUACAUGGCCGUGAACGACUUGCACCUGGAGAAGAUAUCGUGA